AUGUGCUCGCAGGGGUCUCUCGGCAAGGCUCGUCCCACCGCGUACGCGCGGUUCUCUGCUUUUGCAGCCGCCCGAUGUCCAGGCGAGCGGCUGGCUUGCGUGCUACCUGUAUCUAUUAAGUGCUUACUGGGAUCAAAUGCCUGUGAAAUGGAUGCCACCAUUUUAAAUAAAUUUGCGUGCGAUCCAACAGCUCCUCCUCUGCUGAAACAGAUGCCAGCGCGAGGGUGUGAUGCCACCGGCCUGGAAAGGCAAGACGUCCAUGGAGCCUUGGAGAAUCCCAUGGUGGAUACAAGUAUGUUGGAAGAAUUCAUCAGUAGCGACGCAGAGUUUGGAACUUUGCAAAGCCAGUUGCCAGACUCCCCACCGGACUCUGGAUCGGAACCAUGUUCUCCACCACAGCUCCAGACAACUGUUAGGGACUUUGCAGCUGAAGUGCAAGAAUAUGACAGUGAUGGACAGAAUGUAGCUUUGGAAAAAUGCUGUCAAGCUCUAACAUGGCAACCGUAUCAAAUUUCUCAGUGGAACAGCUUAUUUAACUCUAAUUAUGAAAAACUACCUGCUGUAGGAUAUCACAUUGUCACAGAUAAAGGAUUUAAUUUUUCAACAACAGAUGAUGCCUUUGUGUGCCAGAAGAAGAAUCACUUCCAAAUCACAGUCCAUAUUAGAAUCACUGGACAUCCAAAAUAUGUCAAAACUCAGCUGGGGGGGAAACCAAUAGAAAAGUUUUACUUGAAACCUUUUGGAAUAAAGGUGGAAGCUCCAAAUCAAAUAAUUGCUAUUGAACAGUCUCAGUCAGAUCGAAGCAAAAAAACUUUCCAUCCUGUUAAAGUUGAUCUGCCAGGGGACCAGAUAACUAAAGUAACACUGGGAAGGUUGCAUUUCAGUGAAACAACAGCAAAUAAUAUGAGAAAAAAGGGGAAACCUAAUCCUGACCAGAGAUACUUCAUGCUGGUAGUUGGACUGUAUGCUGUCUCUCAGGACCAAUUCUACUUGCUGUCUGCAAAAGUCUCUGAAAAGAUCAUUGUGAGGGCAUCUAACCCAGGGCAGUUUGAGAAUGACAAUGAUGUACUGUGGCAGCGAGGACAUGUUCCAGAGACAAUAGUCUAUCAUGGUCGAGUAGGAAUUAACACAGAUGCACCAGACGAAGCACUGGUUGUCUGCGGAAAUGCAAAAGUUAUGGGCAGAGUCAUGCAUCCAUCUGACAGCCGAGCAAAACAGAAUAUCCGGGAGGUUGAUACGAAUGAGCAGUUGAGAAGAAUAACACAAAUGAGGCUGGUGGAGUAUGACUACAAGCCUGAAUUUGCAUCUGUUAUGGGAAUAAAAAAUACCCAUGAAACAGGAAUAAUAGCCCAGGAAGUGAAGGAGCUUUUACCUCAAGCUGUUAGAGAAGUUGGAGAUGUUGCCUGUAAUGACGGAGAAAAAAUAGAAAACUUCCUCAUGGUUGACAAGGAUCAGAUCUUUAUGGAGAACGUUGGUGCUGUAAAGCAGCUUUGUAAACUAACCAACAAUCUCGAAGUCAGAAUAGAAGAAUUGGAACAGUGGAACAGGAAACUGGCCAGGCUGAAACGGAUGAGCAGUUUAAAGUCAACAGUCAGCGAAGAGAGCAAAGUCAGCAGGUAUAGUCGAGCUACUAGUCUUUUGCCAUCAAAAAAAUCAGUCCUGCUGAAAUCCAGCAAGGUUUGUUUGUCAAAGACGAAAGAGUCUUGCUCUGUGAAGAUGUUCCGGGUGACCAUAAUAACUUUGAUUGCUAUUAUGGCACUAUGUGCUUUGACAAUAUCAACCCUAUAUUUACUUAGCAUUCAUGACAGACGUUUUGAAAACCAUCCGAUUUACAGGCUUAUUGCUUGGGACGUGGUCCUCAAGUACUCCCAGUGUCCUUCACGUGUGGGUGAGGGCCGGUUUCCGACCGGGUGGGCAGAGGGUCCGCGCAUCCUCAUCUUCGGAUACGCCUGGUGGGAUUGCAGCCCCGGCUGCCGUGGAAGGGAAAGGCGUGAGGUGUGCCAUGCAGGCGGUCUCCAGCCCAGCAGCUCAGUCCUGGUCCCUCCAACCACCUCAAAUUGUCCAUCAGCUGCUUUAGCAGACGAAUGUAAGAACGAGGUCAGAUGGCUGCCACAUCUCGUGCGCUGGGAUUAUGCCUGA